CUCGCUCUCCCGAGCAGGACCGAGCGGCGGAAGGCUCGGCCCUCUUCCGCUCAGCGAGGCCAAGUCUCUCUCGCCCGCCCGCCUCGGCUUCCUCGGAUAGUCAGGCCCCCGCACAGCCUCUCCGGGGGAUGCCGCUAUAGCUCGCGUUGCUCCGGAGACCUGGAAGCUGGGGAAGCAAUCCUGGACCAUGACUCAGCAGCCACUUCGAGGAGUGACCAGUCUUCGUUUCAACCAAGACCAAAGCUGCUUUUGCUGCGCCAUGGAGACUGGCGUGCGCGUCUACAACGUGGAGCCAUUGAUGGAGAAGGGGCAUCUGGACCAUGAGCAGGUGGGCAGCAUGGGCCUGGUGGAAAUGCUGCACCGCUCCAACCUGCUGGCCCUGGUGGGUGGUGGUAGCAGCCCCAAGUUCUCAGAGAUCUCAGGGCUGCCCCUCACCCUAAACCUUGGCCCCGACAACGCACCCACCUGCCCAGCAGUGCUGAUCUGGGACGAUGCCCGGGAGGGCAAGGACUCCAAGGACAAGCUGGUGCUGGAGUUCACCUUCACCAAGCCAGUGCUGGCUGUGCGCAUGCGCCAUGACAAAAUUGUGAUCGUGCUGAGGAACCGCAUCUACGUGUACUCCUUCCCCGACAAUCCCCGAAAGCUGUUCGAGUUUGACACUCGGGACAACCCCAAGGCUUCCAUCCAUUCCGAGGCCCUGCCCGGCCCACUGCCUGGCCCCUGCCUCCCCUGCACCGGCCUACCCCCUCCUCCAGCACUCUGGCCUCACACCCUAGGGCUUUGUGACCUCUGCCCCAGCCUGGAGAAACAGCUGCUGGUGUUCCCAGGACACAAGUGUGGGAGCCUGCAACUUGUGGACCUGGCGAGCACAAAGCCUGGCACCUCAUCCGCUCCGUUCACCAUCAACGCCCAUCAGAGCGACGUGGCCUGUGUGUCCCUGAACCAGCCAGGCACCGUAGUGGCCUCCGCCUCCCAGAAAGGCACCCUUAUUCGCCUUUUUGACACACAGUCCAAGGAGAAACUGGUGGAAUUGCGCCGAGGCACUGACCCUGCCACCCUCUACUGCAUCAACUUCAGCCACGACUCCUCGUUCCUCUGCGCUUCCAGCGAUAAGGGCACAGUCCAUAUCUUUGCUCUAAAGGAUACCCGCCUCAACCGCCGCUCCGCGCUGGCUCGCGUGGGCAAGGUGGGACCUAUGAUCGGGCAGUACGUGGACUCUCAGUGGAGCCUGGCAAGCUUCACCGUGCCUGCCGAGUCCGCUUGCAUCUGCGCCUUCGGUCGCAAUACUUCCAAGAAUGUCAACUCUGUCAUUGCCAUCUGUGUAGAUGGGACCUUCCACAAAUAUGUCUUCACUCCUGAUGGAAACUGCAACAGAGAGGCUUUCGAUGUGUACCUUGACAUCUGUGAUGAUGAUGACUUUUAAGGACACUGUGGGUUGUGCGAGGGACCUGCAGUGCUAGAUUGCAAAGCCAUCAGGGGGUCAGGAGUGCUGUGGAAGCUACCAGCCCUCAAGCAUUAAUGGGGCAGGUGCCCACCUUCCACGCAGCAGCACAAUACCCCCCAAACACUUCUUGGUGACUAUGUGCCUGCAGGGCCAGGCCAGGGACCCAGGGACGGAGGAUACCUCCUGGGACUCCCAGCCUGAAGAAGACUGCUAGCGACCCAGAGGGAGUGCCCUAAUUCAACCUGUGGGGAUUAAAAAAACCUUCCCAGAAAGAGACCUCUCUGAUGUGGUGAAUGUGAAUAAAAGGCUCUUGAUAGUA